AUGGGUGAUCGCUUAACACAACUUCAAGAUGCUGUAGACCAGCUAGCGCAGCAAUUUGUCGCAUGUCUACACUACGUAAACAAACGACAUGACCUUGAACCGCUUGGUCCUAACGACAAGAUCCGGGAAGUGAAGGAUGUUCCAAAAGAAGUUGACUCGCUGCCUGCUGAUGAGUUUCGUGCCGGCAUGGUAGAGUUGUCACAGGAUCUCAUCGUCAAAGAGCAACAAAUUGAGGUGUUGAUCUCGUCACUCCCUGGACUAGACAACAGCGAAAUGGACCAGGAGAGGUACAUCAAAGAGCUUGAAGAGGACCUGAAGAUUGCCGAGGCUCAGCGUCAAGAAGCAAUCAAGGAGAAAGAUCAGAUACUAGCAGAGCUUGACAGUGUGAUUCGAAGCAUCAGGCGGCCUUGA